UUCAAAACUCGUCUGCUUGAAGAACCUCUUAAUGUGGAGAUUCUGAGUCGAUCAGCGGAAGCUGCAGGUGGCCUCGAAUCAUCUUUAGGUUUUGCUAUUAUUCCUCUUGGGGAAGUAUUUUCAAGACCAAUAAUCAAUAUGACAAGUGGCUACAGAAGAUCCAAGGACAGCAUGGCAGUGGUGAAGUUAAACGAUAAAGCCAUCGCUCAAAUAAGCUAUUCCCUAGUUCUGGAUGAUUUUGGUGUGUACAACUCUUCUCCAACUGUCGAGGCCAAUAAAUAUGACGAAGUUAACUCAAUAGACAAAUCACCUACCGAUAUCCGCCAGACGUCAGAAUAUCGAACAGCUCUUGAAUUGGAAUUAUGGAAGGCAAAAGAGGAAGAGCGCUUCAAGAAUACCCUAAGGCAUCGUGAACAGAAAAUGCUUAUGGUAUUCGCUCAGGAGUGGAAAAAACGUGAGGAGGAACGGGAAUCGCUGUGCAAAACGAAGAUGCACGAAUAUCAAGUUCUUGAAGACAAACUUCGAUCUGUGUUGGAGGACUUAAUGGAUCGGGAAAGGCAGUUAAAUGGCAAGGAAACGAAUCUCAUCGCGAUGCAGCGAGAACUCGAGAGAAAAAUUGAGCUUCGUGAACUAGAUUUGAUGGACAGUGUCCAACGAAAAAUCCGAGAAUCUGAACAGGCUUUGAGCGCGGAACAACAACGAAAUUCACAAUUGAAUAAUGAGCCUCGGGACUGCAAUGUAGUGGUAUGGGGCUUUGUCUUCUUUAAACUUUAA